AUGUUCUAUGUUCUACAUGAUACUUUCUACUUUCUCUACUUCUCCCCUAAGGAAGAGCACUUUGCCCAAGAACUCCUCUCUACAUUCGGAACCGAUAUUGGAGAAGUCGCACUUCAACCGAGUACCGGCGGUACUUUUAUCGUCGAUUUAUUUACGGAUGCAAAUGCGAGUUUCGAUGGAAAGGGAUCAGGAGAAAAGGGGGUAAAAGUAUUGAAACAUACCCUUUGGAAUCGGAAGAGUGAAGGAGGGUUUCCUGAAACCAAAGAAUUGAAGAAGAGAGUUAGGAAUAUUAUUGAUCCGUCCAGGGACUUGGGACAUGUUGAUGGGAAGAAAUCAACCAGCGCAACAACGAUCCCAUCUACUUCUAACCCAACAACUACAAACCCACCUCCAAUUACAAACGCCAUCUCCGCCCUCCAACCCCAACUUCAACCCCAACCCAACUCCGCAGAACGAAAAAUCACACCCAUGGAUAUCGUUACAUCUACCUCUACCAGCAAUACCCCAAAUAUCCCCAGUACAUCGCAAUCCCAGUCCCAGUCCCAAUCCCAACCUGCUAUCUCCAACGUCAACGAAGAAAAAGGAGAAGGAAAAGAAAAAGUGCAAUUGAAUGAAAGAGGCAAGAUAGUUAUAACAGGUGGAGAAGGCGAGGGAGGUUUUGGAGUCUGUAGACCUGGGGAUGAGGAGUGUGGUGGGUUUUAG